UCCAGCUCCUGCCGAGAACCCCUUCCUCUCUCCCUCGCUAAGUCGGUCUCGAACUCGAGCUCGUUUGGUCCUCCUCGAAAUGAGGGCUGGCAGAGUGCUCGCGCUGCUGGCUGCUGCCGUGGCCCUGGCUGAAGGCCAUAGCAUCUGCACCACGUUGACUUGUCCUGAACCCAACGGCCUCUUCGCGCACCCGACGGCCUGCCACCGCUAUGUCAAGUGUGCCAACGGCCACGCCUACGUCGAGACCUGCCCCGCCAACCUGCACUUCAACGAGGCUACUUCGAGCUGUGACUAUCCGGACAACGCUAAGUGUGACAUCACCAAGCGACUGGAGACCGAAGGAUGUUCCCUUCGGUCCGCAAAGGCCAGUCGAUCCUUGCCCAGAGAGUCGGACCUUUCAGUCCAGUGCGACUGCGACUGCUGCCUCAAGCCACACAAGGACUGCAACAAAUACUACGAGUGCAAGGAUAAUGUUGCCUACGUUAAAGAGUGCGGAGGUGACUUGGUGUUCAAUCCUGCAAAAGAACAGUGCGACCUUCCAACCAAUUAUGAAUGCCCCAAGCCAGUGAUUUGCGGCUGCCAUUGCCGAUACCCAGUCGACGGAGAGUGCAGUGCUUACUAUGACUGCAAGGACAACGAGGCGGAGAAGAAGUACUGCUCAGAAGGCCUGCUGUUCAACCCCGAUACCCGUAUGUGCGACAUCGCUGCCAAUGUUGACUGCCCGACUGAGCCUCCAACAACUGGAACUUGCGAUGAAAACGUCUUCGAUUCCGACCCUGACUGCAAGUUCUGGGCCGCCAACAACGACUGUCACUGCAAGUGGACAGAUGGUGACUGCUCCUGGCAGCACUUUGUCGCCCGUGCAUGUCCCCGUAGCUGCGCCUGUCAAGACCAUGUGGACGUCAGCAAGCCUCCUGUAAUUGAAUACCCUUGCGUGGACUGCUCUACCGGACAACAGUACUGGCAGCAUCCCAGCGACUGCCGCAAGUUCAUCCAGUGCGCACCCUACGGACCUCAGGAGAUGCCAUGUGGAGAAGGAACAGUGUGGGACCAAAACCUGCUCACCUGCAACCAUGCAUGGGCUACCCAGUGCUUGACAGGCAACUUCCUUCUCGCUAACGGAAGCUGUUCAGGAUGCUCAGGAUGUACUCCUCCAGCAAAGCCCACAUCCAGGCCUCCUACCCAGAAACCUGUCACACCAGGCAACUUCCCAUGUGUGGAUUGUUCCACUGGCCAGCAAUACUGGCAGCAUCCUACCGACUGUCACAAGUUCAUUCAGUGUGCACCUUAUGGCCCCCAGGAGAUGCCAUGCCCUGCAGGAACCAGGUGGGACCAGAAGAUCCUCACUUGCAACCAUGAAUGGAACACCCCAUGUGUCACAGGCAACUACCUUUUGGAUGAUGGAAGCUGUUCGGGUUGUACUGAUUGUGCUCCUCCACCAACCUCAAGCCCAGACAGUUGCAGUGGCGAGCACCCAGACUGCAAGCAUUGGGCUGCCAAUGGGGACUGCACCUGCAAGCCAAACACUGACUGUUAUUGGCAGAAUGAAGUGGCUAGAAUGUGCCCUAAGACCUGCCGAGGAGAGUGUGGGGAUAAACCAGCUACUCCACCAACUGAUGAUUGCAUUAAAUGUCCUAAUUAUAGUGGUCUUUUCCCACACCCGAAAGACUGCACCAAAUGGGUUCACUGCGACCACUUCAUCCCAUACGUGAAGGACUGCCCUGCGAAUCUGCACUUUAAUCCAACACUUAAGGUAUGUGACUGGUCAUGGCGUGCAGGCUGUACCUCCGGUAACAAUGGUGACUGCGUCAUCCCACCUGACCCAGAACCAACUGGCCCCCCAACCCCACCGCAUCCUGAUUGCACAUGUGAAUGUUGCCACAUUCCUCACCCAGAGGACUGCACAUCCUAUUAUUACUGUGAUGUGAACAAGAACAGGACCUUCCACACAUGCUCUGAAGGCCUUGUAUUUAAUCCGGAUUUAGAUACAUGUGUUCUCGCUGACCAAUACCCACAAUGUGUCAUUGAAAAGCCUCCAAAGUGCGAGUGCGACUGUCACUAUCCCUCUGAGAUUUGCAGCGAAUAUUACAUUUGCAACAAUGGUGUACCUGAGAAGACGGAGUGCCCCUCUGGUCUCCUCUGGAACCAAGCGGUAAAGUCAUGUGACCUUCCUCAGAACGUCCAGUGCGCAACAAGGCGAAAGUAAGAUGCCCAACAGGAAAACGAUUAGCAGAAGGAAAAUUGAUAGAAAAUGAACGUAAUGUUCUAGAUAUUCGGAAUGGUCUGGUAGAGUUUAGACUUAUUUACCAGCAUGCACUAGAUAUUGUGGUUUGUAAUUAUACUUUAAUUAUACACUUUACUUGGAUCUUCCCAUAUGUUUCAUCAAAAUCUUUGUUAUCAACUGGUAAAGUCUAUUAAAUGUAAAUAAUAUU